AUGGAGUCUAGCGGAAGCAUCGCCACAUCUGACCAUCUUGGUCCUCAAGUCAAUAUCGCCGUUUGGAUAUGCUUCAUCAUCUCUGGGCUCGCUGCGACAGCAAAGCUCUUGACCAAGCUGGGGAGAUCGCACCGUGACUUCAGGUUCAGCAGCUUGGAACUAGAUGACUACUUGAUCACAGCCUCCAUUGUUUUUGCCGCUGGCCAGAGCAUCACGGUUUCCCAGCAGGUAGAGGCGGGUUUGGGCGACCAUUUCACGACCCUCACAUCUUCGCAGAUAGCAAGAUACGAGAAGGCAGGAUUUGCGGCAGAGUUCCUCUACAUUCUCGCGCUCGCGACAGCGAAAAUUGCCGCGUUGCUCUUCGCACUAAACCUAUCGCCACACUCAAAGAACAAAGCUGUGAUAAAUGGCUUGAUAGCAUUUGUAGGGGCCUGGGCACUUGUUUCCGUGUUUGGCAUCGCCUUUCAAUGCAAAGUCCCGCGUACUUGGACUCCUACGUCUGAAAAGUGCUUCAACCAGCCUGCAUUUUGGGCAUUCGUCGAAGCCGUGAAUGGACUCACGGAUGUUGCGCUUGUGACGAUUCUCUGUACCAUCGUCUGGAUCCUCCAGAUCACGAAGGCCAAAUUCAUGCUACUGUCAGUCUUUGCUGCGCGAUCUCUCUCCACCCCCGGCUCUCCUGAAUGGGACCCUACAUCGAAAGAGACUAGUGUCGCGAUAGCCACCGCGGUUCUCAUGAACGCCAGCAUCGUUGUCAGCUGCGUUCCAUUUUUGAAGCCACUGAUGGAACAUCUCCAGCCUGGUUGGUCAACAAGCGAUGUGAUUCGAGGAGUUGGGUACAACGUUAUGUAUGGAAAAAGCCAGUUCGAAUCUGGCGCAUACCCUAUGGGCUCUGUGGUGUCAGGCCAAAGUCGAUCCAACGCCUCCGGGAAUCGGUCCCAGAUCCGCACUCAGAGCUUAACAUCACUGAAUCCUACUGGGACCGCUGCGUAUGCGGAAAGGACGGCAUCACCUAUGGGUGGCCUACCGUUGAAAGGCUCGGUCAUACAACGCACAGAUGUCUUUCACGUUGAGUCGCGGCAUGGCUCUGAAGCGAAUGGCUGA